CAGCGGCCGCUGGACUGGUGUGAAAGUGCGCCGUCUCAUUUCCUCGGCGCUGCGGAGGACGGUGGGCGGGGGGGUGGGGAAGGGCCCGAGGCCGCUGCGGCCCAGCCUUGCCGUUCCCUCUGGAAGAAGGAGUCUCGGGUCGCCCUGUCUCUGCGCCCCCUCGCCCCGCCCGGACGUUCACGGCGGGGCGUUAGACCUCCUUCCCCGGCUGAAGCGCUGCUGGAGUCUUGGUCGCCUCCCAAGGAGCGGGUGAAUAUGAGCCGUUUCUGGGUGCGCGGAGCCCACCGCCCCUCCUCUCUGAGGCAGUAUACGGCCAGAGAGAAGAAAAACAAAUUGAGCACCUAGGAUGUGAAAGCUCCUCUUCUUCCUAAAGGAACCAUAUUGUUUGCAAGAUGGAUCGGAGUAAGCGAAAUUCAAUAGCAGGAUUUCCACCACGCUUGGAGCGCGUUGAAGAUUUUGAUGGGGGUGGCGGAGGCGAUGGAAACGCGUCCCAGAUGGGCAGAGUUUGGACUUCUUCAUACAAGGCCUUGAUUAGUGCCUUUUCAAGACUUACACGACUUGAUGACUUUUCUUGUGAGAAAAUAGGAUCUGGUUUCUUCUCUGAGGUGUUCAAGGUGCGGCACAAAGUAUCUGAUCAGGUUAUGGCUUUGAAGAUGAACACACUAAGCAGCAACAGAGCAAAUAUGCUGAAAGAAGUCCAGCUCAUGAAUAGACUUUCACAUCCAAACAUAUUAAAGUUUAUGGGCGUCUGUGUACAUCAAGGACAACUGCAUGCCCUUACUGAGUAUAUCAACUGUGGUAACCUAGAACAGCUGUUGGAUGGUAAUCAACACCUGCCUUGGACAGUAAGGGUGAAGCUGGCACUGGACAUUGCUCUGGGACUCACUUACCUCCACUAUAAGGGCAUUUUCCAUCGGGAUCUGACAUCCAAGAACUGUUUGAUAAAGCAUGAUGAGAAUGGAUAUUCUGCUAUAGUUGGUGACUUUGGCUUAGCAGAGAAAAUCCCAGACUUCAGUGAGAAACUGCCAGUGGUGGGCUCUCCUUACUGGAUGGCACCUGAAGUGCUGAGAGAUGAGCCAUAUAAUGAAAAGGCGGAUGUAUUCUCGUAUGGCAUCAUUCUUUGUGAGAUUAUAGCAAGGAUCCAGGCAGAUCCAGACUAUCUCCCUCGCACAGAGAAUUUUGGGUUGGAUUAUGAUGCUUUCCAGCACAUGGUGGGAGAUUGUCCCCCUAACUUCCUCCAGUUGGCCUUCAACUGCUGCAAUAUGGACCCAAAAUUACGUCCUUCAUUUGCUGACAUUGGCAAGACACUGGAGGAAAUUCUAGGGAACUUGAAAAGUGAGGAGGCUGAAAGAGAAAGAAAGCUCCUAAAUCUGGACAGCGCAGAUCGAAAACCCAUCUCAGUUUCCAAAGGUUUACUAGAGAGGGGACAAGGAGUAAAAAGGCUAAGUUCACUGGAUGACAAGAUUCCACCUAAAUCACCCCGUCCACGGCGCAAUAUCUGGCUAUCGCGCAGUCAGUCAGACAUAUUCUCUCGCAAACCUUGCCGCAAGAUAAAUGUUCAGGAUCCCUACUAUACACCAAGCAAAGGGGCAAACCGGAAAGUCAACCCUUUCAAUUCUAGGGAAGACUUGAAAGGUGGAAAGGUCAAAUUUUUUGAUUUGCCAAGCAAAUCUGUGAUAUCACUUGUAUUUGACUUGCACUCCCCGGAGGCAGAAGGAUGUCUAAAGAUGAACCAGACCCCAUUCCGGCAGACUUCUAACACUGACUGGCUGGACUCCUCUUUCCUUCCUGCAAGACGGAGCAGAUCACUUCCAGGAUCUCUUGAAUUUGUGCAUAAAGAUUAUAGAACAUUUGGGGAUCUCUCUUCAACCAUUAGUAGAUGUGAUCCUAGCCAGCUGGGGGCUGAAGUGCGGCAGAAGCUACUGAGCAGCAGUCAAUAUGGAGUGUCUGAGAUUCCUCCUUUUCAGGCCAAACAUCAUAGGCAGGACUCGCCUUCUCCUCCUCUGCAGGAGGAAGAAAUGGACUAUUCUGAUGGACUGGAGCCCCAAGAUGAAAAUGGAUACUGCCCUGUAAAUUUUGCUAAGGAAGCAGAACUUGGAAAGCCCAGGGGGCAAGUUGCCCAGAAUGUAGAUGGUAUCUUGGCACAUAAUUUAGACCAUUCAGAUAGUAGAUCCUCAGAGAUGUUUAUGACCUGCAUCUCCUCUGAAGAUAUGGAAGUUGAAGAUGAAACUCAAAGGAACAUGCCUUCCACUAGGUCGGAGUCUUCCAAACUAUUGUUCAGUGUUAACCCUUCCCCGCAGUCUGGCAGAGAAGCCUCUCUUUUUGAGGCAGUGGAUAGUGACAUCUCAAAUCUUGUUUCUCUCCCAUCUUCAGAUGCACCAGCAUCAGUAUGCGAGCAAUCAAAAUGUGACAUUUAAAGUUCAGCCAUGAUACCAUGGUGGCAUAUUCCUCCCAACUUCUUUGCUUUUUUAAUUUUUUAUUUCAGAAUACUCUAGCAAAGUGUAGCAACCAGACCAGUCCAUUUGGAGAGACAGCAUGUAUGUCAGUGUGUGAGAGAUCAUAAUCCCUUACCGUACCUCAGGAGGCAGCUACUGCAGGCAGAAGGGGAGAACAAUAUCUCCAUGGAAUGCCUGGAUCAAUGCAGGGCCAUAAAUUUAGGAUCCUAGGCUUGCCUCUACUUAGAAGCCAUUUUCUGUCUGUGUACACAGUUAGAUCCGAUUGAAGAAAUUCUUCCAAACUUGGCAGCAUACUUUAAAAAAAUCUAUAAAACACUUUUUGUGUCCCUUCUUGAGAGCUGCUGAGCAGGUAUAAAUGACCUCUUAUUGAGUAUAACAAGAUGGAAACUGGCAAUGCUGGGACAACAUAGAUAAGAUAGGGUGGUAGCAUCCUGUACCUCUGUUAUAAUGACAGGUUCAUAGUGCUGGCCUGAAACCCAAACUUCCACUGAAGAAAGUCAGACUUGACUGCUGGAGCUAAAUUUCCUACCUCUUCCAAUCCAGUUUCGAACACUGGAAGCAAACAGCUCAGAUUCCUAUUUCAAGCAUUCCUUGUCCAAUUAUUACUUGCUUUGGUCACCUUAAUACCAUGACCAAGAAAGAGGUUGAUCCCAUUUUCCUUAAGCAAUAAUAGGUGCUGUGCAACCAAAUGCCUAUUCAGUAAAUUUGAAGUGCACAAAGAGGAUGAACAGCUGUGUGUUUGUAACUCUUCAGUAUCUCCAAUUCUAUAUUGUAGAAGAAAUUAAGUAUAUAACCAUCCAAGUGUUUGACAUGAGAGCUCUUAAAAAAUAAGCCAGCCAUUCCGCAUCAGCAUUCUCUUAAAAUCCA